CACCUUCCCUGUACACUCCACCCUGUCACCCCCAGUGUCCCCCAAUACUCCUCUGAGCCCUCACUCCUCCCGUGCCCCUGGUUCCUGCGGGUCCCCCCCAUCCUUCUGCCCCCUAAAAUCUUCCCUCAGGAGAUCUGGGGAUCUCUUGGCUCGCGUGGUUGGGGUUGGUGUGUGCAGUCCAACGCUGGCACAGGUUGCCAUGACAAGGCAGUGCUGCUCUACGAGUACGUGGGGAAGCGGAUCGUGGACCUGCAGCACACGGAAGUGCCGGAUGCCUAUCGAGGGAGAGGAAUAGCCAAGCACCUGGCCAAGGCAGCCCUGGACUUCGUGGUGGAGGAGGACCUGAAAGCUCACCUGACGUGCUGGUACAUUCAGAAAUACGUCAAGGAGAACCCGCUGCCGCAGUACCUGGAACACUUGCAGCCUUAAGGCAGGACUGCUCCGACACCAGCACACCUGUCCCUGACUGUCCAACGCGGCCUUCGCUUCUCUGCGGUCUCAGGAAACCCCCUCCCACACU